AGUCCCCUCCAGGGAAGGUGGAACAAGCAGUUCAGGAUGCCAUUGAUAUUGGAUAUUGGCACAUUGACUGCACAAGCAUAUAUCAGAAUGAGAAGGAGGUAGGAGUUGGAAUCGAGGCAAAAAUCAAGGAUGGCACAGUGAAAUGAGAGGAAGUUUUUGUUGUCACUAAGUUGUGGAACAACUCUCACAUGUGCACAAGCGUGAAGCCAGCUUUGGAGAUGUCUUUGAAACUCCUUGCUCUGGAUUAUGUGAAUCUCUAUCUAAUGCAUUGGCCCAUGGCAUAUGAACAAAAGUUGCUGGAAUUCUGUGAGAAGAAGGGGAUAGUGCUUACAGCCUACAGUCCUCUGGGAUCUCCUGACAGACCAUGGGCCAAGCCAGAUGACCCUUCUCUAUUUGAAGACCCUAAAAUUCAAGCAAUAGCCAAGAAAUAUGGGAAAUCCAAAGCUCAAAUACUGCUUUGCUUCCAGGUGCAGCGCAUGGUUGCAGUCAUUCCUAAAUCCAUCACUAAGUCUUGCAUUGAAGAGAACUUCAGGAUCUUUGACUUUGAGUUGGAUCCUGUAGACAUGAAGGAAUUAGAAAGUUUCAACCUGGAAGCCAGGGGUAGACUCUGCCAUCAGCAGUGGGACAAGAGUCACAAGUAUUAUCCAUUCAACAUUGAAUUCUAAUUUUGCGGGAGAGAGAUAAUCUGAAUUCCCCUCAAGUGGACAUCAAAAUGUUCCUUGGCUUCUGCAAGCAUAUCCCUUGGGUGCCUUCAACAUCUGCAUUUGCUUCAAUGACUCCAAUGUUAGUAAUGACAAUGACCAGUUGGAGAUAGAUGAACUGGAUCCUCUGUCCCCUUGCAAUCUUUAUUCACAUGGUUCUAGGAAGAUUCAGAAAAAAAGAGUAUCAUGGAAGUAUGCUUUUAUUAAUUUCCAUUCCACUUCUAUAUUACCUGUCUCUAUACUCUGAUGCCUGUCACAGUGAUGCAGAACAGAAAUUUUGAUAUUUUGGUAGAAAAUUGUUACUGUGUCAAUGUGACUAAUCCUGUGGAGCAAAGUAUCUCUUCACUCACACCAGAUGAAUUUCUUUUGGACCAUCACAACUGUCUAAAUGGGACAAGACAAAUAUUGGAAUGAUUUUGUUCGGACAAAUGUGGAACAGGAUCAAAGUGUAAGCUAGCUAGCUGCCAUAAUGCAAAAUUUUAAAUAUCUGCUGCCUUGAUAAGUACUUACUUUCACUGAACCAGAUGCAUAAACUUUGAAUGGGUAUAUCCCAUAAGUGGUUGCAUGGAAAGACUGGUGUCUCUUGCAUCUGAAUGUUCAUUCUCUUUGUACCACCGAGAAAUAGCAUCAACAUUACUUCCUUUGGCUAUUGAGACAUGGCCGAAACAUUUGAUAAAUUGCAUGUGGUAGGAAUUUUUACUGAUUUGACACAGUGAAGGGGUCUCAUUAGUGGUUGCAUGAAAUGUCAUGUAACUUUAAGUGCUAAUUCAAAAGGAAAAGUACAAAGAAUACAAAUGGGGGAGUUUUCUCCUUGAACCUUUCGUGGGAAAAUUUUUUAUUAUGUGCAGCCUUCCAAGAGCAAGGGGAGGGCUGAAUGUUUUCUGGAAAGUAUACUUUCCACUGCCAAUGAAAAGGCUAAGGGAGGGAUGUCCUAAAUGCAGUUGUAUAUCAAACAUGGUGAAAAACCGUGGAUGACACAAAUGAAAUGAGUCUUUAAUAUCAUUCCAAAUUCCAAUAGAUGCUCUGACGCAUUAAUUUGAAUUUGAUCAGUGCAAUCCUAUCAGACAUUCCCGUGCUCCAAUCAGACUAUGCAAUGCAUUUUUGUAUAUCAUUGAAAGUAGUACAGCUUCACCUGCUUAACCAACUUGGAUUGCCCUUGACUGUAGUUUCACUGUUCCACUCAUGACUGCACCCAUAAGGUUUGUUGAAUUUUUCCUCUCACUUGCAUCACCUGCUGAAUUCUUUGUCAUUAUCACAGAAUUAUGCAGAGAUGAUCUGCUAAUAAUUGAUAUUUUGACUCAUACAUUUGGGGAAACAGAGAGGGAAAGUUCUUUAGUGAGGGACAAAGAGGCAAAAAAAGGAAGGACAACUCCAUUCUCCACAAUUCACACCUAAAAGUUACAUGUCUUUCUUAUUAGCCAUUGUGUGAGAUGUUAGCAUUCAGAGUCCCGGUUCACUGAACGGGAAUGUAGUAGUUUACUUGUAAGGCAAAAAUUUAAAGAUCUCAUUUUUUCAUCAGUUAUAUAUAUUUUCUGAGGAGGUUAAUUUUAAAAGAACAUUAAUUACUGUAUCUUGCUGGAGUAGAAACCAAGAUGUGAAAAGAUUGCAUGGAAGUGAACUGGGAGUCUUACAUUAUGCAGCAUGGAUUUAUGGGCAUCCAUGUUCCAGAAGUGGAGGGUAUUGUGUUUGAGCCACAGUUUCAGUGUCAACUAUUCACUAGUGCUUGCUUUUCGGUCACCAGAGGCCAUUGAAGCCUAAAUAGGG